CGUUUGGAGAAGUUGGUCAUGGUCGUCCGCCAAACGGAAAGCCGCCAUGAUGGCUUUCUGUAAAGAACGCUCAAUAUGUAAAGUUUCGUUAUUGUUUUUCAUUAAUUGUGACUGAGUGCGUGCAAAAAUUAACCAUGGGAACGAACUAGAUUGUGCAAAGUGUUUUUUAAGGUCCUUUAGGACCUCCUAGAGGAGCUAUAAAGUGUGGUAAAAGUGCAUUUUAGUGUCGACGCUAGCGUGUUUUGUUCUGUCAACAAGAUGUCGAAGCUCUCGUUUAGGGCGAGGGCCCUGGAUGCGUCGAAACCAAUGCCGAUAUAUCUCGCCGAGGAGCUUCCGGAUUUACCGGAGUACUCGGCGAUUAACCGUGCAGUACCUCAAAUGCCUUCUGGUAUGGAAAAAGAGGAAGAAAGUGAACAUCACCUCCAGCGAGCGAUAUCAGGAACUGGUCUAAUAAUUCCAACGCCAGAAGUAUGUCAGGCGGAUGUCGAGUUCUACGAGCGAUGCUAUCCGUCAGAUUACAAGAUGCCAAAACAACAUAUACAUAUGCAACCGCUGUGGGAGGAGCAAGAAACGCCGGAGUACGAUAUCGACUCGGAAGACGAGCGAUGGUUGAAGCAGCAAAGGCACCCCGAGCUCACAGAACUGAAAUUCGAACAAAUGAUGGACAAGUUGGAAAAGAGUUCCGGUCAGACGGUGGUGACGCUCAGCGAGGCGAAGUUAUUGCUGCAGAGGCAGGACGACCUCGUCAUUGCCGUGUAUGACUAUUGGCUGAAUAAGCGGUUGACUACGCAACAUCCAUUGAUACUAUCAGUGAGGACAGAGAGUCGGCCAGGUCAAUCUGCGAACAACCCAUACUUGGCUUUUAGAAGGCGAACAGAGAAAAUGCAGACUAGGAAAAAUAGGAAAAACGACGAAAGCUCGUACGAGAAGAUGUUGAAGUUGCGCAGAGAGCUCGCCACGGCUCUAAGUCUCCUGGAAAUGGUCGCCCGGAGGGAGAAAGUCAAGAGGGAAAUGGUCAAGUUGACGGCCUUGUUGGCGGAGAAACGCUACGACGCCAAGGACUUUACCAAUCAACUGCCGGAACCGGUUGUCAGGCCACAGUUAGCUACAGUGCCCUUGGCGAGCAUGCGUCGUGAAUUCGCGUAUCCACCCAGACCACCCUCAACUCCUACUUCACUGGACACCCACCACAGUAGACAGCGCGAAAAACGUCCGUACAAGAGACGGAAACACAGACACCACACGCCCGGUACCGUGCAAGGAGUGCGAGCAGAGUGUACAUCUUCGGAGGAAGAAAGUGUUUCGCCAGUUGAUGAUGGACCGUUCUCAUUUCGAAGGAAGCCUGGAUGUUAUUAUGAAAUGCCUACUUCAACUUUGUCCGGUGAUCCGGUGGAGUUGACGACUAGUCCGUCGAAACAAGAGAUGUUUGAACACGAAAUGGACGAACGGACGAGGUUUACACUAACAUCUGUUCGCAAUCCAUAUCCACACUAUGUUGGAUUCGCGCGGCGUCGCAUGGGUAGAGGCGGACGUGUCAUCUUGGACCGGGUCAAAACUGAGCUCGAUUCGCUGUGGCCGAAAUUGCCUAUACCUGAAAAGGAAAAACAGGAGGACUUGGAAAAUCAAAGUCUCCGAACGCCAAAAGAAAUCACCAGAGAUUACCAUUCGGGUGGUAAGCAUCCGUGGAGACACGCCUUCAGGAGACACCUCACCAGAAACCCGCAUCUCUGGAUCGACGAGCCCGUUCAUAGUGACGUCAAAAUGGACAUCGACGACAUUAAAUUUGACUUCAAAAUGGAGGUCGAUGACAUGAUGGACUUCGGCGAUUGUAAAUUGGAUUUGGAGAGUCCCAGAAUUGGUACUACGGGUAUUGAGGGCACCGAGAGCGUGGAAAGUGAAAGUGCCAAAAUGGAAACUAGUGUUAGUGUUACGGAUGUGAAUCGGACCAUAGACAGUGCAGUGCGCGAUAAUCUCAAGCGUGUGAUGCGGAAGCGGGCCUGGAGUUCCAGUACGGAUUAUGACUCUGAUGACAGUUUGAAACCAGUGGAGAGGGAGUUUGAAGGUUUCAUCACUGACGUUCAUGACAAUUGGCUUCACUUCCGACCAAAAACACCAUCACCGUCACCACCUCCAAUUGAGCACGUGACCCCACUCAGCCGAGACGCUCCCAUUUCUGUUGAACUCAGUACGGGUCUCGAUACAUUCACAACAGAGUUCAGAUUGAAGGACCUCUACGACCUGAAGGACUUGGACGGCACAGAGGAUAUCGAGAAGUUCACCACCGGUUAUACUGAGGCUCAAGUUGGGAGCAUCUUGUCAGAGACCGAUCUCAAAGCGUUGAAGGAUAAGAGGUUGUCGGAUGAUCUGCUGGAGGAGCUCGUCAUGGAUGUCAGCAAGGAUUCUUUUUUAUUGCAAGGCCAGAGCGUCCACGGGCGUACCGUCUCUGGCCCGCGGCGUCGCGAGCCUUUCGGCUCCACGAGUGUGCGCGUGUGCGCGGUUAGCGAACCCCUGCACCUGCCCACAGCCGUUCCGACCCCCGAACCCCCGACUCCAACCCCGCCCACGCCCCACGCCACUAAGCCCCAGCCUGCGCAGGAGGCGGUCCCCACGUCGAAGAUCAUCGUAGAGGAGGUUAACGAGGUCAACCAACCAGUCAAAGUGGAGAAACGCGAGAUAAAAGAGGAUAUCCCGACCGUUCAAUUGAAGACUGUGCACAAGAAGCACAUCAUUGCAUCGCGGAGGCCCGACGUCACCAUUGUGACGUCAGACGCGCACUCGCAACUGGUCACGGUGGCAGUCUCUGACAGCUUGAAGGUCCGUCUCGGAAAUCAAGCUACAACGAGCCAAGGUACGGUGGUUGGCUUACUUCAAAAUGGACCGUUCGCGGUUACGUUGCCAGUUCAUUCAAGGGAUAUUGGUGCAACAACGACCAUUACAUCCGGGAGCAUACCCACCGUGGCCAACAUGACCAAUCUAAGCAUGGCCAACAUGCAGACGAUGGGUAACGUCUCCAUCCCAACAAUAUCCAACCCCCGCCGACCGACCCCCCUAGUCCAAAUAGCCCACAAACCCAUGAACCCAACGGUGGUGGUCUCCCCUCAACAAGGGAAGUUGAAGGUCCUCCACGCUCACCCCAUCUCGAACACCCAGCGCGCCCAGCUCUUGGCCCAGAAUCGGCAGCUGUUGCCGACCGUUGUGUCUUUGGCCACGAUCGACUCGAAGCCGACGUUGCUGAAAGCGCCGGUGACGCAGUUCUUCGAGAUCAAGUCUGGACAAUUGUCGAAACCGCAUUUGGUCAGUCUUCAGGGGAAGAGAUUGGACCUUGAUAAGAAGAGACAGGUCGUCUUCGAUGGAACUUUAAAAGGCAAUAUUCGACCGCGUUUCAGUCUGGACGGUCGACAGAUUGUACGGGCAACGUUGCCGGUGAGGAAUGUCCGCCAUCAGAUACAAUUGAAGAACCGAGUCGUGUCGACCAUACGACAAUCGGAGCCGUCUACCAGCAUGACGAACAUACAAGCGAACAUACCAGUGAUGAAAAAUGUCCUGCCCAAAGUGAAAAAUGUCAUACCGAAUAAGCUGGAAAGGCCGACAGGACAGAUGAACAAUGUCGUGACAAAAGUGGACCGGCCGACAGGACAAAUCAACAGUCUCAUGCCAAAAUUGGACAGGCAGACGGGGCAGAUUAAUAAUGUCAUAGCCAAAGGGCAGAAGAUUGCCAUAUCCAGUGGGCAGUUGUCGGCGAAUGUUCAGGCAAUCGCCUUUACGACCGCUCAAUUGAAAGCCAGACAGGGACGCCUGAUCACACAGCCCAGAGCUACCACUGUUGCCGAACUCGAACCUACAACCUCCGCAUCUACCUCCAACGCCAACGUGGCUGAGACUCCGAGCGAAGGUGAAACCAACGGGUCCGUGCGACGACGCACCACAGAUAACCUACCGAUGGAGGUCACGUGACAAAUGAACGCCAUAAAGGACGUUAGUGCUAGUGACUGUGUUAAGUGUCAAAGUGAUGGCAAAAGUGUUUUGGGCCCGAGUUGUGCCGGUCAUAAAGUUAGUGAACCUAUGGGUGAGUUGAUUCAUUGUAACCCGAAUAAGGGCAAAAGCCAUGCCGAAUGUCAUGAGGGUAAUAAUUGUGAACAAACACAAGCCAAAAGUCGUUCUGAGUCAAUCAAUUUGGAUUCAAAUAAAGGCAUCAAAUCAACAGCACGUGAUCUAAACACUGACCAAAGUCAAGGAAGUCAGUGCGCCUCAAAACAUGGUGUUUAUGAAAAUCUUGAUGAUUUAAACUUAACAGUAACAGUAGAUACAAAAAAGACAAAAAAUGAUGAGGUUUUGGAUAGUGAUAAAAAAAUUGAUGACCCUUUCCACAUGUUGUUUUUUAAACAUUUUUAAUUGGUACACAUAUUUAAAUAAUAGAUACAAUGUGUAAUAUUGAGAAACUAGACUUCGCUUAACUUAACUUAUUGAGCGAUUUUAGGGACAUGCUUAUUUAUGGUAUUAAAAUAAUCUUUAAUAUUUUAUGAUGACUUUAAAAAUAUAUUCACUGACAUCUAAUGACAAUUUUUAAUCUUAUGAGACAAAAUAUAUGUUAGGGCAAAGACCCCACAUUAGGACGCAAUUUAGAACAAUUCCAGAAUUUUAAGAGAAGAAGUCCCAUCGCUAGGGCAUAAUGCCCUCUAUAUAUCCUUAUGGAGAAAUUCCCUAACUGGAAUAAUAAAAACGAUGAUACAUACAUAUUAAGAAAUAUUUGAAUAAACUGUUCUAUGUAAAGAAACUGCAUGCUUGGACUUGAUAUAUUUUCAUGGAUUCCUGCAUAUAGUUAGUAGGAUUAUUCCCGCAUUUAUGGGAUCUAUAUAAGGGAGAUUCCUGGUUAGGGAUUUGUUUGCCCCUGCGUUAAUAAUUUAAGUGGCUGUGACAAAUAGAUUUAAUUCACAAUAGCCAGCCUCAAUGUGGAUUAUAACUGAUUAUGGUGAGAUUCAACAUGAAAUGCUUGCUGAAGAAGGUGAUUUUGUGGUUAAGAUAUAUGCUGUAAAAAUGUGGGUAGAUUAAAAAAAAAGUUAGAAUUGAAAGCUUAAAAUGAUGUUUGCGUAUAAAAUUUUGAAGCACCAUAGAAAUUGGAUAAAAUAGUUAGACAGAAAGCUUGAAACCAAAUGUUUUGCUGAUAAAAAUUUUGAAGCUACCCUCAAUAGACUACCCUCAUUUUCUAUAGUUAUAAUCCACAAGUUUUAGUAUGUUUACUAAUUGUAAAUAUUUAGCUUUUUAGCUCUGAUAGGUGAAGUUCAGAAAGUUUUAAUAAAUAUAUAUUUUUACUUAUCAAGCAACUUUUAAAUUCGACUGAUUUUCUAUAUAAUUUCUAAUUGCGCCUGGUUGCAAAUAUCAAUAUUUAAAACUACGCCUCGUUGGGGCUUGUACACGGCGGUUGUACAGUAUUUGUUGCUAUAGUUAAAAAGUUGAAAAAAAAACUCGGUUUCUUAAAAUAAAAUUAAAUCGCUGUUAAAUGUUCUAUAUUACUAAUAUAUAAAUAGAAUGUCCAUGCGAUAUUUUAAUGGUUUAAAUCUGGUAUUUUUCAUGGCUGGCAUUGUGCAAAUUGCUCUUAGCAUGGAGUGUAUAUAUGUAAAUAACCUGGCAGGCCCAGUGUAUGUAUGCCCUGUCCAAAAUAUUCAUUCGUAUAUGCUUACGGACAGAGCGCGGGCUAUACACGUUGCCAUGGUAACUGUGGCUCAUGGUAAUAUAUAGUCUGCGUCAACGGGCCGAGUGAAUAGCUUUUAUCCCUGAUGUUGUAGUUUAAAUGGUAAUGUUUUAAUACAUUUAAUCCUGGCUAUGUUCAAACUGACUGGAGUUAUGAUAUAAGCUAUAAUAAAAAUUAAAUAACAUUUGGUUUUUUCUAUAGUAGAUCUAAGCUAUACUUUUAGGGAAAUAUAGCUCUCAAUAAUUGUCGAAGUUAGAACUCAAAAAGUAUUUCUUGAUUCUAAGAACCCUGUUUUUAAUAACAGUACUAAAUAAUGGUGGUAAAACGAGAUUUUAAACCUCAAAUUUCAAACCUCCAGGCCUUAGGGUUAGGUCUACCCACAUUUGAAAAAAAAAAUUAUCUAGUUUUUUUUAAAAAUUCCAUUGGAAUAAAAAUGAUUUCCGGUACAAAAGUCAGUUUGAACGGCCUUCAAUUCUAUUAAUAGGACGAUAAAGUGAGAAUUGAGAUGGUAUUUUUAGACACAUUUUAAUAAGUUGUAUUAAAAGGUUCAGAUGGUUUCAAAAGCUUUGGUUUAUCUCAAUAUUUAACUGUAAUUUUCAAUGAAUGAAUACCUAUGAACAGCUGUCAGAUAGAUUAUUUUCAUGAAUUUCAAAUACUUGGACGGUACACAAUAGGAAUAGCGAUAUCAACCAACAAUUUUAGUUUUUAUGAUCGAGAAUAUUCAUUUUUAUGCCAAAGAGUAUAUACAACGAAAGCUUACGGCAGAGCACGAGAGCCUUCUGGCAUUUUCUAUGCAUCACUUAACAUCACAUAAGCCGCCCUGCCCGUUUGGCUCCUGUAAUAGAACUGGUGUAAAGCCAAGUGCGAGAACGUAAAUGUAUAAUGAUCUAAUGAUUAGAUCAUUAUACUCCUCGUAACUUCUUGAUUCUCUAUGAUUAGAAUAAUUCUAAAAGCUAAUAUAACAUAUGGUUUAAAAGAUGGCCUGGAUCUUUAAAGGAAUAUAUCAAUUUUUAUUUCACAAAAGACUUAUAGUAGAAAUCGCUAUUGCUAUAAGCUGUUCUGGCCCAUUGCGACAAGAUUUAUGGACUGUAUACGAUUCAUGUGUUUUAGGACGUCAUCAAUUGAUGUUGAAGAUCCCUCAGUGUCCAAAAUUAUUAAGGGAUAAAAAUAUGAUUGAUUGAUUGUAUGAUUAUAAAAAUAUUUUUGCUUCGAAAAUAGUUAAGCAAGUAGUUGUAAUAUUGAGGGUACUUUCAAAAGUAGGCGCCAUCAAGGCAAAUUAAAGUACCCUCAUUAUACAAAACUGUUGAGGGUACUCCGUUUUUAAUGAUUACAAAAAAAAACUAGAUAAUUGAGGAUACUUUCAACAAAUCAUUUUCGUUUUUCAGUUUGAUGACGUCCUAUAUUUUACGUCGAAUUAAAUAAUUUUCUAAUGUAGUACUUGUAAAGAAAUUGUCUUUAGUGUGUAAUUAAUGCAUUGGGGAUGCACAAAGCUCUAAUGUAUAGUGGGAAUGUAAAAUUAAAGAUGGCGUUUGUGUUGCAGAAAUAUCUAUUGUAAGAGAAAUACGAUAAAUGUAUACGAAUUGUCGAUUCACGUUAUCGUUUACGAAAACUGGUUAAGGAGUUUCGUCGUUAUCUCAGGGACUGAGUAACCGCCAUUUUAAUUUGACACUCUCACGCCGAUAGGCUAUCGGCGUAUAACAAAAAAUCGCGACGAUUCGCGCCAAAAAAAUUGUUUAACUUAGUAAUUGUACAAAGGCCGCAAUUUUGGGAAAAAAUGUAAAAAAAAGGUCCCUUUGUGGGGCCACACAUACGCUUAGUAAUUUAGGAUGUACGGUAGUAGCUCGCACUAAAUGAAGUCAGCUUGUAAAUAAUUCAUGUGCGGAGUGUAAAUUUAUUGUAUAGUUAUUCACAAUUUCAAUGUAGAUUUUGUUGAUUCUUCAACUGGAAAUUACUGAAUUAAACGAACGAUUCUGUU